UACUAUAUUUAUUAUGUGUACUAUGUUUAUACUUGUCUAUGUGGGUGGGUAUCGGGUGAUGACGAUAUGAACUCGUUUCUUUUUACUUAAUUAUCGUUAGUUAUGACAUAGAAUUCCAUGGUUAUAAGUUAUAACUUCUAACUACUAAGAUAAUAACAUACCUAUUAUGAUCUUAGUUCAUACUUAAUAGUGAUUAGUGAGUAGUGAACUAGUGACGAUUAUAUUAAUGUUUUAAUAUCGAAAUUUAUUAUAAUUAUAUUAUAUAAUUUGUAAUAUUAUAGUUACCAUUUUAUAUUUAGAUACUAUUGUACUAAUAACCACUUUUUACUGAAAUUUAUGCCACAGCCCAAUUAAACUUCAAACAUUUUUUUAAGUUAAAUUUAUUAUUAUUAAAAUCCAUAUAUCUGAAUUAUUAAAAAAAUUGUUGAGUAUUAAUUAAAAAUGCGUUCAAUAUCAAAUAAAAUGUGGAAAAAUACCAUAUAUGUGUGGGAGUUCAGCCAAAUAAAAAACAUUCCUAUGAUCAGUCGACUAUGUACAGCUGCAAUAACAAACUCUGAAGAGGAUGGCGAUAAAUCGUUAUCUAAAGAAAAGGCUCGGACACUAGUAAUGAAAUUGACAAACGAAGAAAGAGACAAUUUGGCAUGGUGCUUAAAUCAUUAUGAAUCAGAAGAGACCAAAGCAGAAUAUCGAGGUCAAUUGGCAGGGUUCAGAUGGCGUUCAAAGUUUGGACGCCCCAGUAAAGUACCUGAACUAGGAGAUGUAGAUCCAACAGGCUCCUACUGUCCAUUGCCAGAAGAAUGGCUAUUAAAAAAAUACGAAGAAACUAAUACGGAAACUGUACCAGAACCCACUAGAGCACAAUUAUUUAGAGUGGGAUUGCAAAAUGCUAUUCCUUUCAUUAUGUUUGGAUUUUUGGACAACUCAGUGAUGUUAAUAUGUGGUGAAUCUAUUGAAAGAACGGUUGGUGCUGUAAUUACUAUAUCGACAAUGGCUGCAGCUGCAAUUGGUAAUACUUUCUCUGAUAUUCUUGGAAUUGGCUCAUCAUAUUAUGUGGAACAAUUGGUAAUCAAACUUGGUCUAAAACCUCCAAAUCUAACACCUAUUCAAUUGGAUAUGAAAUGUAGUAGACGAGCAGCCAAUUUAGGAAGAACACUUGGAGUUACUCUAGGUUGCUUUUUAGGGAUGUUUCCAUUACUAUUAAAAAAAGACGAAGAAUCUAAGGAUGAAAAGUCUGAGGAGGAAGAAGAUGAAAAAUAAAAAAAUGUUUUAUUCUGACUGAUUCCUUUAAAAGAUUAUAAUGUAGAAUACAGUAUAAUAUACCCAGUGUAAUUAUUAGCACUCAUUAUAUUCUUCGAUAUUUUCUUAUAUCUGAGUGUUCAAAAUUAAUCUUAUUUUAGCAUCUAUUCAACUUAAAUAAAUGUACUGCUUUAAUUAAAAUAACUAAACUGUAUUGCUUGUAACAUAGUUAAAUGUCUAUUUUGUUAUUAUUUUUUAGGUGUUUAAUAUUUUAUACCUAGUUAAUUAAUAGUUAUUUAUU